CAGUCUGGGUUGACACCAAGAUAUGCAACUCGGUUCCCAGCAUCGAGUGUGCGCAGCCCCUAUUAUCGCAGGUCGAGACACGACCCUUUGAGAAAUGCGUCAAAGCCCCUCGCGCUCCUUCCUCGACCACCCCCUUCUCUGCUGCGACUGCUCAGCCGGCUGGUCCGGGCGUCUCCAGGAACCAUGUCGCUGGCGAUUCUCCUCUGCCUAGAGUAGUGACCUGACUGCCACUCCGAGCUUUUUACUUGGAACUGCUGGUGGCGACAAUUAUUCGCCAUUUGGGUCGGGGAACUCGAAAACUUUUUUUUACUUGGCCGCCCUCGGUUCGGCCUCUGCCCUUCACAGACGCGCAGGAAAUUAAUAUCGAUUCGCCUUCGAAAGACACUACGCGCGAGGUUGCGAAGAUCAUGGCGUGGUACUCCCUCCUCCCGUCUCAUUUGACCACCUACGAAACAUGGAUUGUGCGUGCAUUUUUGAUUCUGGCGAUCAUCAAUUUGGCUCCCUGGCUCCUCGCCAUCCUCUACGACGUCCUGUACUACAUCGGCCGCCGGAUCUGGCACGAAGUGCCUGUUUGGGGCGGCCGGGCCAGAGGGGAACACCGGCCACGAGCGCCCAGUCUUCGCGACCGGGCGAGAAGGAUGAGUUUUAGAGAUCUCGUGAGCGGGGGUAUCGGAAUGGGUGGUGGUACCGCAAGGGAAGAGCAGGAUGAUGACCUAGGGACUGAAAAGAGCAAGAGCCCGAAGGGACAUAGAAGGGGACUAAGUGCGGAGAGUAUAGAAGAAGAAUACGAGGAGGAGAUGGAAGAGGGGGACCAGCGCAGGACGUGACGAGUUACUGAGAGGUGAAACUAUAAACGAUAUACGAUCCGAGACACGAGGGGCACGACCAUAUGCCGUUGGACAGACCCUGUCACUAUGAUGGAUAUUCCUGAUAUGAGAUGUGCCGGCACAAUAUCGAUGAGAAUGGCGAAAGCACCCAACGGCAGUGGCAGGACCCAAUAACCACGCCAGAGUGUCGGGUGACAUAAAAGCAUAUUGAUCAAGUUAUCCCGCGGGGAGUGCGGUUUCCAAAGGGACUCAACGCAGGAGCUAUUGUUCAUCUCGGGUUUCUUCACAGGACAGAGAGAGAAGCAGUUUGCACAAACGAUAGCUCUGCAACGGACAUUCUGGCUGGAGCCGAACGAUAAGCCCUGUGAAAGCACCGGCCGGGCAUUGCACAAGAUCUUGAAGCCCUUAGUCCGGGGAGUUGGAUGAGUGAGAACGCUCUCCCUUCUGCUUGCCUCGACAUUUUGCCUUGCGUGUUGAGUGGGCAAGCGAGUGAGGAAGCAAGUCAGCUCGCAACAUCGAAAGCGUCAAUCCCGCAGAAGAUGAAGAGGUUUACCACCCAAGGCUGAGUCCACGAUACGACACGACGCACGACAUACGUAUGGGUGAAAGAAGGAAGAAUGGCACGUUGAAAAGGGACGAGACAGGACAAGACAGGAUACGUUGCAUUCGGUUCAAAACACAAUGGAGGGUCCCAGCCCGUAUUCUGUAGGGAUGCGAAGACGCGAGAUGGCGUAUCGCAUUCCAUAUCAUAUAAUGAUAUGGAGAUUUCAUUUAUGGCGGCCAGGGAGCCAAACCAAGGAGUGCGAGGGCAGAGGAAAAUCUCUGAUAGCCAUCUAUUAUCUACACAGAUAUCAUCGCUAGGGUUACAUAAUCUUCAUACCGUAUGUCCAAAGUACGUGGGUUUCCA